AAGGUACAACUUUAAUCAUUUAACAGUUGCUCACAAUAGAGGUUGUGUAAUUGUGCUUUCAGCUCACUAAUAUUUUACAUUUAUAUUCAGGAAAGACAACUAAAAGUGCAAAUCUAACUACAUUUAGUUMAUUUCAAGAGGCUGUAAAUGAUCACAGAACCACAAACAUAAAAAUUAGUUUUUACUGUUGGAAGGUGAAAGCAGAGCAAUGAUAUGUCAUCAAACUUCUGCGUACAUUUUAUUAAAACUCAGGACAUCCAACUAAAAGUGAUGAAUUUUGAAGUCUGCCCUGUUCAAUAUGGCCGACAGCCAACUCAUUAAAAGUACAAAAAUAGCUUUAACUCCCAAAUAUAUCCGACCGAGUCAUUAACAACACAUACUUUGAGUGUGACAUCUUUCAAUAUUGCAAGAGAUUAUUUUAUUUUCAAGGUUUGGCUUUAUUGGACCCUGACUGCAAAAUGCUCUAAUGUGAACCAAUAAAAUAUCCACCAAUCAGAACACAGAACAACCUGUACCUUGAAUUAUGUUCUUGUAUUUAGUAAACUUGUUCACCAUCUUAAAACCAGUAAAUUAUUAAUAUUUUAUAAGUUAAAUCUGAUUGGGGUUAUUUUAAUAUUGUUUUGUAACAUUUGUUUCUCAACUAGACUCGUAAAAAUACAUAAAAUAAAAUAAACUUUGCUCAUGUCAAAGUGCGCAUGGCAUGAAACGUUAUCUUUAAAGAUAAGAUUGUUUUCUUGUCCAACCUGUUGAGACCUUGCUUUAAGGCGCAGACGAAAUAAUGACGGUUACUUUUUACAAGAAACAAUGAAGGCAUUUAUACGAGUUGGAAUWAUUGGAGCUAUUUUACUGUCGAUCUACAUAAUUCUGUCAGUGAGUGCGAGUUGGAGAGUAAAACAGUCUUUUCCAGGAGACCCAGAUCAAAAAUUUGUGAUCAGAAAACUGGACGGGAUUGAGCAGAUUCUCAAUAAGCUGGCAAAGCUGUUGGAGGAAAAUGGCCAGAAGAAACCAACUGAGACAAUUGUUCCCAAUGUGGAUCAAGGAAAACAAGAGAAACAGAACAAACCCGUGGUGCCAAAGUUAUACCCCGACUCCUACCUGUUUACAACGUGGGGAGAUGGUCUGUCAGAACAGGAGCAGAAACAGGCUGAAGCUCUGUUUCAGCUUUAUGGUUACAAUGCCUUCCUGAGUAACCAGAUCCCACUUGACCGGAAGCUUCCAGAUAUGAGAGACUCCAGAUGUCAGGGGAAGAAUUAUCCUAAAGACUUACCCAGCAUCAGUGUGGUGCUGAUCUACGUAAACGAAGCUCUUUCUAUCAUAAAGAGGGCGAUACGAAGCGUCAUCAGCCACACUCCAAAACACCUGCUGAAGGAGAUCAUCCUGGUGGAUGACCACAGUACUUACAAUGAUCUUGGGCAACCGUUGGCAGACUACAUGGAUCAGAUCCACAAAGAAAGACCUGGACUCAUAAGGAGAGUUUGGCAUCCGGAACAAAUGGGUUUGUCCCAGUCCAGGAUCACAGGCUGGGAGCACGCCACUGCUGAUGUCGUGKCCAUUUUGGAUGCUCAUAUUGAAGCUACACAAGGAUGGGCAGAACCUUUGCUGGCCAGGAUUAAAGCUGACAGAACUGUUGUGGUGUCUCCUGUCUUUGAUAAGGUCCAUUUUGAUGAUCUCCAUGUGGAAAAAUAUAUCCCAUCCGCUCACGGCUUUGACUGGGAGCUGUGGUGCAUGUAUGAGUCCUUCAGUCCCGACUGGUUGAUGAUGAACGAUGGAUCACAACCUGGGAAGAGUCCUUCUGUUAUGGGAAUCUUUGCAGCAGACAGGUCUUUCCUGGGGGAAAUUGGUGGACUCGACAGCGGAAUGACAGUUUACGGAGGGGAAAAUGUUGAACUUGGGAUCCGUGUGUGGCUGUGCGGAGGGAGCGUGGAGAUUGUGCCCUGCUCUCGGAUAGCUCACAUCGAGAGGGCGCAUAAACCGUACGCCCCCGAUCUCAACACUUCCAUGAGGAGAAACGCUUUGAGGGUUUCGGAGAUUUGGUUGGACGAAUACAAGAAGAAUGUGUUUAUUGCCUGGAACCUUCCUCUUCAGAACCAUGGAAUUGACGUAGGUGAUGUGUCCGAGAGGAGAAAACUCAGAGAAAAAAUGCAAUGUAAACCCUUCAAGUGGUACAUUGACCACGUCUAUCCAAGUCUGGAAACAUGGGAUAACAUCCUGGGGUACGGUGUGUUACAGAACACGUUCUUUAAGAGUUACUGUUUGGAUCAGGGACCCCUUCCAGGAAACAUCCCAGUUUUGUACGAGUGCCACUUCCAAGAACCACAGCACUGUUACUACAACGCAGAGAACGAAAUCAUCAUAGGAGGCCUUAAAUCUCACAAAUACAACAGUAACCGAUGUCUGGUGGAUCCCGGCUCUGGAAGCCUCCCCACCUUGCAGGACUGCGUCAUGGCAAAACUAAACAAAUUACACCUGCAGUGGGACUUUAAACAGGGUCAAGCAAUCAGGAACAAAGCAACUAACAGAUGUCUUGAGAUCGCUCAGGGGGAAAACUCGUACUAUCAACUCCUCAUUCAGCCGUGCACCGGGCAGAGCUGGGCCAUUCAGCAUCUUGUCACAAACUUCUAGUUCGGUUUUUAACCCUCCCUCGCUCAUUUUUAACAUGCAGGAAUGCCAACAACCCUYGUUUUAAAAAAAAAGUCCCUUGUCUCUUCAAAUGCAGACAAAGUCAUGAAACCUUAUGUUUUCAGAGGUCAAAGUUGACUGGAACUCAAUAAGAGUUAAAGUGAAUUCAGAUGUCAAAGUGUAAAAACUGAAACCUUGAAUCAGAUGCAUUUUUUUACAGAUACUGUAUAAUUAAAUAAAAUGUUUGUCUUA